AUGGAUCUACAAAAUUUCGAUAUGGAUGAUCGUGUUCACUACACUUUACGCGCAAUUCCUAAAAGAGGCAAAAAUGAUUUCGAAAAAUUGCAAAAAGGAUUUCAAAAGUUGAAAAAAUUCUCAAAGAAAUUUAAAUUCUUUGGUCGAACAAAAUCAAAUGAAAACAUCUCUGCUGUAAUGCCGCCUUUAAAAAAAGUGAAGCAAUUGAAAAAGUUGAGCGAUGAUGAAUUGAAGCAAGAAUGGAGAGAAUUGUUACGGAUUUUUCGAUCCAUAAGAGAUGCAAUAUUUGCUGACGAGAUGUCUACCUUAACUAGUAAGGGAGAAAGGAAACAAUGGAAAGCGGAGUUUAAGAAGCUUCGAAGAAAAGUUGAGGCUCCGUCAAUUCUAGACGAGUAUUUACAUCACUUGGCAUUAAACGAAGAAAUCCGGAGAUAA